CUCGUGUAUACGGCGCCCUCUUUUCACGCGUCUACCACUGACGACGCCGAAACCCUUUCGCCGUACAGAACCCCGUCACAGUGGCUCUCAACCACGAGGCCCAGCGCUCACAGCCCCGCGCCUGAGCGCGUCCCUGAGCGCAUCAAAAGCAUCUCUCGACACCCAUUCUCAAUAUAAAACCACAACUCCCUCCGUUCUACACUGACACUCAUCAACAACCAGCUCAACACAACUCCAAGCCAACCACCUCGUUUCACACGCCUCAUCAUCCAUUUUGUCUCAAACCUCAAGCCCAGAGUGUUCAGUCCACUCCAUCGAACCCCGUCUUACUCUCUCUUUAGCAAGCCAUCUUCCUCCAACCCCCCUCCUACAACUCAUCUCCUACCAGCUUCUUAUCGAACAAUGGCCUACAUCAAACUCGGCCUCGUCGCCCUCGGCGCCUACGCCCUGGGCAAGAAGAAGGCCAGAGACGCCAGGCCGCCUCCUCCUACACCCGCACCAGCACGCUACGAAGAACCUAAUCCACCACGAUAUCAAGAGGCUCCACGCUACCAGGAGUCUCCACGCUCCCAGGAGGCUCCACGAUACCAAGAGCCGGCACAACAGGAUCGCUAUCUGGGGGAUAGCAAACACUAGACCCGAGUUUGCGGGACUGGGAGAUGGGGGGGUUUGGAGCGGACGAUAUCGGAUCGCCAGCUGUGGGGUUCUGGAAUUAGGAGCUUGGAAAUGGGACAGAUCUGCAACUCGUUCGCGAGAUAGGAUGGGGAGGG